UGAGCCGGUCGGUCCGGUUGGAUGCAGGGAAAUGCGUCCUCACUGAGCCACCAUUGCAACUUUUCUGGAUCUAUGUUCAUCACCCCAAAACAUGGAAUUUCUCUUAUAAGGGAAAAGGGGAAGGCUGUAGCAAAAGCAGCAGUUCUGGAUAGAAGUUAUUAUGACGGAGUUCUGGCUGGUGUCGGUCCCCUUGGACAAGAACAGCGCGCAAUCUGUGGAGAAACUCAAGCGGUCGACAGCCAAAGCCAAUCUAGCCUCAAUCUUCAGGUUUCCGAUACCAGAAUUGAAGGUGGGUACAUUGGACACCCUGUUGGCUGUGUCCGAUGAUCUGUCCCGGCUCGACACAUUUGCUGAAAGUGUGAUGCGGCGGACGGCUCAGUGCAUGGCAGAUGUGGUGGAGCACUCGGACAAGCUCCUGGAGAAUGCCCUUGCCAACGGAGUGGACCUGGCCAGCUAUGUGACACGUUUCCAGUGGGACAGAGCAAAGUACCCCACAGCACUACCUCUCAAGGGUCUGACAGACAUCAUAUCCAGACAAGUGUCUCAGGUAGACGGAGAGCUGAAGACACGAAGUGCUGCCUAUAAUAACGUGAAGGCCAGUCUGGAGGGCUUGGAGCGGAAGGCAGAAGGCUGUUUACAGACUCGAGCCUUAACGGACAUUAUUAGGAAAGAUGACCUUGUUUUGAACUCUGAGUACCUCACUACUUUGGUGGUUGUUGUCUGCAGGACAAGCUAUAGGUUGUGGGAACAAACCUAUGAGUCUUUGUCAGAAUUUGUGGUUCCUCGCUCAAGCCGAAAAAUAUACGAGGAACAAGAAGGUGCAAUUUUUACGGUUACCCUCUUCAAGAAAGCUGUGGGGGACUUUAAAAAGAAUGCCAUAAAGAAUAGGUUCACAGUGAGGGAGUUCAGCCUGGAGGAGGCAGAGCGUCAGAAACAGGAGAUGGGCCGCCUCACUGUGGACAAGAAGGAGCAAUACGGAACGUUUGUGCGCUGGCUGAAGGUGAACUUCAGCGAAGUCUUUGUGGCCUGGAUACAUCUGAAGGCCCUCAGGGUGUUCACAGAGUCUGUUCUCAGGUAUGGUCUUCCAGUCAGUUACCAGGUGAUCCUCCUUCAGCCAGACAGGAAGUCUGUGAAGAAACUCAGAGAGCUGCUCUGCUCGCUCUUCACACACCUGGACACUGCAGCUGCAGCCAGCAAGCCUGAUCUUGGGGUUGACAUCCCGGGAGUGACCACAGCUCAGCAGGAAUACUUCUCCUACAUCUGCUACUCCAUCAACAUCAACCUGGUCGAUCCGAGCUAGCAGCUGACGUCAAAGAACUACAGGACAUUCCAGAAGAAACAUCACAAGGGGUUCCAAAAGUUGGUGACACUACAUGCACCAUACUGAGUUUCCUGGCUAGCUGCUUUGUUAUCCAGAAAACUUAUAAGCAGUGUUGACGUGACCACGAUCACCACAGACCAAAUUUCUCACAGGGCACAUUACAAUACACAUGGGCCCCAAAUAAAGACGGUCCAAAGAACAACA